ACUUCAAAUUUCCAUAAAUAUUUAUGCUGUAAUAAUAACAUAACAAGUGAUUAACAUUAUUCUGUUUAAUAAUACUUAAUAUUAUUAUAAUAUUACCACACAAGAAAUUAAAUAAUAAAAACAUUUGUAGUCCACCAAAUUUUUUAUAUCAUUUUACAAUAAGCAUCGUUGCAUUCAAAUCUAAUCAUCAAUCAACUACAAUGGAUGAGUUUUCUGAACAAUUUGGUAAAAGAAAACGAUUGAACUAUAAUGUGAUUAAUGGAAAAGAAUUACAGAAUUCUCAAUAUAUUGAAACAGAAAAUAAUAUGAUAUUGGAGGAUGAGAUUGAUAAAAUUGAAGAAAUUUUAGAGAAUUCAGAAAUAGAUGAAGACUAUUUUGAUGAACAUCCUGUAAAAAAAGUUAAAGUUGAAGAUACUAUAAGUUUACCAAUAUUUGAAAAAUCAUAUGAAUAUAUGCGUGUUAAAUGUAAAUAUUGUUGUCAAACUGACAUGAAAAUUUAUCAGGGUCAUCCAAAUGGUGCCUUAAAUGAAAAUAGUGCUUUAAUUGAUCCAAAAUUACAUUUAUUUAAAGAUGAAAUUUCUUUUAUGCAUGAAAAUGGCCAUUAUCCUAAAACUAAACUAACUUGUUUUAGUGUUUAUGAUAAAGAUCAUCAUUUAUGUGCUUUUGACACUGGACUUAUAGAAAAAAAGGUACAGUUAUAUUUUUCUGGCUAUAUAAAAAGUAUUUAUGAAGAAGAUGCAUCACCUGAGGGUGGAGUACCAGCAAAAGAUGUGGGUCCUAUAAAUAGGUGGUACAUAUCUCGUUUUGAUGAAAGAAAAGAAUUGAUACAUGUAAUUUUCAUUACAAACUCUUGUGAAUAUAUUCUAAUGGAUCCAUCUGAAGAAUAUGCUCCUUUUAUGGAUGUUUUAAAAGAAAAAAUAUAUAUGAGUAACUGUGUUAUCAAGUUUCUUUUAGAUGAUAUUAAUCUUAGCUAUGAAGAUUUGAUCAAUAAACUUCAAACCAUAGAACUACCAAAAAACAUGACAAAAUUCACUGAAAAUUUUUUACUAAAACAUGUAGAAUUUAUAUAUCAUCAAAUAUUAUUAUUUGAUAAUUCUACUUCAGCGAUAGAUCUUACUAACAGCCCUUGUAUGCAAGCAUUAGCAAAUUUUGUAGCUAUAGGUAUUGAUUUUGAUCUAUCAGAAAGUCCAAAUAAAAAGGAGCGAAAGAGAAAAUCCGAGAAUGAGUAUCCGGAGAAUACUGAAAUAACUGCUACACAAUUAUUCAUGAUUUAUAUCAGUAUUAUCAUACAAGGUACAUCGAAAUAA